UUACCAAAUUUCGAAAACUAGCUAUUCAUUAAAAAGAGUCUCUGUUCUUCGGUUCUUUAGAUUAGAAUUUGGAAAUGGAGAGUUUCAGUGCCGAGGAUCUGUCUACCAUUGGAGGAAUCGCCACUGUUUCUCUUCUUCAUUCCUUUAUCCCUACGCAUUGGCUGCCAUUCUCGAUCGUUGGUCGCGCACAGAAUUGGACACUUUCAAGGACUCUUCUUGUUACUGCAUUUGGAGCAGUUUUGCAUGUAAUCUCAACUGCGCUCCUUGGCAUAACAGCAAUAACCAUGGCAAACACCAUUGCUGGUGAGGAAACGGUGCAUAAACUUGCUUCACUGCUACUCAUAGUUCUUGGGGGCAGCUACAUUCUUUUGUUUCUGCUGGGUAAGGGUGGUCACAGUCAUGCGCACAACCACCCCAUGGAAAAAAUGGCUGUUGCUGGACUUGUCCUUGUUCCUGCUCUUUCACCCUGUGCAACUACACUUCCAGUGUUUCUUGCUGUCGGAAACUCAUCAUCCAUGAUGGUGCUUGCUAUCAUAGUGCUUCUUUUCAGCACCAUAACAGUGAUGACCUCACUUGUUGCUCUCUCGUUCUACGGUGCCAGCCAGCUCAAGUUCCAUUGGGUGGAACGAUAUGACAAGCUUCUUGUAGGUUCUGUGUUGUGCCUGGUGGGAAUUUUGACGCUCAUCUUUCACCAUCAUGACCAUGAUGGUGAUGGGGAUUCUUUUGGACACCAGUCGCAUAGGAAGAUUAUUGGCUUAUGAGAAAUUUUCUUUUGUUUCAUCCUGCUAUUGUAUUUUGCUACUUCACAAAGCUAGAAGAGUAUGUUUCAUGAGAAGUGGAGGGCAGGAGAUGUAAGCUGUGUUACAGAAGUGCUUUUGUGGUGACAAAAGUUCUGCUGCUUGGCAUGCUGCAGGCUGCUUGAUUGAAGUUGCUCUUUUGUAAAUUCUUAGAUCUGUUGGACAAAAUGUUCUAUCCAUCGCUUGAAGAUGACAGAGAUCAAAUGUUUCUAGCUUCUGGUCUAUGGGUACUCCCAUUAACUGUUCCAGGUUCUUU